AUGAGAGUAGAGAUAGAGAGUGAAAGUGAUAGAGAGUGCUGUGAGACGGUAGAGACAGUGAUGAUGAUAGAGGUAAUAGAGGUGAUAGAGAUGAGUGAAAGUGAUAGAGGGAGCUGUGAAGUGAUAGAGGCAGUGAUGAUAAAGAUGAUAGAGGUGAUAGAGGUGGUAGAAGUGAUAGAGGUGAUAGAAGUGGUAAAGAUGGUAGAAGUGGUAGGGGUGGUAAGAGUGAGUGAUAAGAUGGAGGGAGGAGUAUCUUUUUGUAUUUUUCUGCCGGGGGUGGGCCAGAUUGGGAAGGGCGGUACGAGGGUGGGACUUGGCGUUGGUGUUUUGGAACAUCAAAGAUGGACAGGGUUUUCGCGGAGGUCGCUCCUCAGAUAUCUCCACAACUACAGAUUGGGGAUCUUCCAAAAUCGAGAAGAUUGGUGCAUACGGCUAGGUCUCUUCACCUUACAAUUUGUAUGGCAAUUUGGCCCGGGGUUGUGGUGUGGUAGGGGAGAAUGGGGGAUAAUCCCACACAGGAGUUCCGAACGACGUCUGGUUCACGUUUGGCUGGAUAACUCCACCACCACACGGGGUAUGCGGUCGGCGAUGGGGUCAAAAUGCUCGUAUGAUCGAGGGCUUUUCGAUGGAUCUAUCGGCGGGUUCUUAUUCGAAAAAUCGAGUGAGUUCGUGGUGGAGCGGUUGGUUAUUGAUGACUGAGAUGAUAAGUGUCUUAUGAAAGUAGUAGAAGAGAUGCUUUCAAACUUCAAGCUGAAG